CUAUAUAAACCGACCCCAACGCAUCCAUUAUAUUCAGCUUCUUGAUCUCACACGAAGGCAUGGCGACGGAGAUCCAGGGCUACUACGAUGACGGCACCGCCGUGGUGUCGUUCGACGUGCACAACAUCGACACCACGCUGACGAACUUGGGCAGCGUGGUGGAGUGGUGGCUGGGUGAGACCUAUCGCCUCCACCACCGCGGCCACAUCGCCGGCCUCGACGUGGAGUGGCGCCCCGCUCGCGUGCCGGGCCCCGUCCCCGUCGCCGUGCUGCAGAUCUGCGUCGACCACCGCUGCCUCGUAUUCCAGAUCCUCCAAGCCGACUACAUCCCCGACGCCCUGUCCAGGUUCCUCGCCGACCGCCGGUUCACCUUCGUGGGGGUCGGGAUCAGCGGCGACGUCGCAAAGCUGCGGGCCGGGUACAGGCUGGGGGUGGCGAGCGCCGUGGACCUGCGCGUUCUCGCUGCCGACACGCUGGAGGUGCCCGAGCUGCUCCGCGCGGGGCUUCAGACGCUGGUGUGGGAGGUGAUGGGCGUGCAGAUGGUGAAGCCGCACCACGUGCGCGUCAGCGCCUGGGACACGCCCACGCUGUCGGAAGACCAGCUCAAGUACGCCUGCGCCGACGCUUUCGCCUCGUUCGAGGUCGGCCGGAGGCUCUACGAAGGCGACUACUAGGGUCUAGGGUUACGGUAUGCUGUCUGGUUUAGCAAUGCCAUGCGUGUCAGGCCGGCGUAUCAGUAUUAGCAGUCGUCGAUGGUCUUCAGUUUGCGUUGCAGUUGUGUCCUCUAAUUUCUCUGCCUAAUAAGUUGUACUAGCUAGUAUCACGCGCGUGAUCUCUUUUGUGUGCGCCACCACUCGUCAUGCAUAUGGCAUUUCGACUUCAAAAUUUGAAUGCUAUCUUGAAGCCCCA